ACGCUUUACCAUGUAUAUCCAAAUCUCAAUUGUGUUGUAUGAUACGAAGAGUGACUGUGACUUUGGUGUAUGAACUUAAUUUCAAUCGACUUGACGCAUCCCCUGACUAAAAUAAAUUACAAAUAUUCGAUCUAGAAUUUACGAUCGUUGAUCAUCGAUCGAAUCGAUCAAUUAAUUUAUCUUAUCGAACAUUUCAUAGCCUGUACAACAGAGAAACAACAUCUCAUUACUAUAUUUAAUUGCGUGUGUUUUGAUUCAAGAGGGAAUGAGAUAUAGGAAGAUAGAAGAGCGAGAGAGAAAUAUCAAAACACAAGAUAGUGAGAUUCUAAACGAGUGUCAAUACAUACGAAUAAAUACCAUACACAUGGAAAAUUAAUCACUAGUUUGUUUAAAAUCGCGUAAACAGCUGGCAGUCUUCGAUGGAACGUUGAAGUGAAAAUACAAGUGCGUGACGAGUGACAGGUUGAUAACUAAACGUAAUUUUGGUGAAUCUAUACACGAUAUACCAUCCUUUCCUAGGAAUAUAAUAACUACAAACUAGGCUGUGCUCUUGAAAAAUAACAUAAAAAUUCACCAAAAAUAACAUAACAAGUUUAUACUUUUUUUCUGAGCAAAAGCUCUACCUCUACAUCACAACGAUGCGCUGUGAAAAUGUGUUUUUGUUUUUUCUAUAAAUAAAUAAGUGAUGAUAGAAAAGUGCAACGAGAACAAUAGGAAAGCACAAUAAACUCGUCGGUCCUGGACGAUUUAAUUAAUAACUAAAAUCAAUCGAUGCAUUUAAUUUAUACAUCGUUAUUAAUAGCUGACGACAUUCAGCUUCGUGUCUUUGAGGGUUUAUAAUAAUCAUCUCUUGAGUUGAAUGGAAGCCAACUGAAAUAGAAUCCAAAUCUGAAUCCGAAGAAGAACGACUGCAAAUAAAAGCCUCUUUGUUCUGCUGUUUCUGCGCAGUCGUUCUCUGAAUUUGUGGCGCAGCGUCCGACAACGACGCGUUUUGUUGUGAUUUUUCUUAUUAUCACUAUUGAGUAUAAAUCUUGUGAAAAUAAAACUCUUGAACGAUUUUCAUAUUUAAGCAUAAAACGAAAUUGUACUUGGUUGUGGUAACGAUUACCGAGCGCGUCGUAGAUCGCCAUUUUUGAUACUCCAAAAUCACGAAUAGUAAUUUCUGACUACAAGGUGCGCGCUGUAUAUCCUUUGAUCGUUAUUCACCUGUUCUUAUUCUCUUUAACUCUAUUAAUUGAUGAACAGUUUUGAUAUGAACUGUGAAUUUAAUUUUUAUAUCUCGAUAUAACUCUCCGUGUAAUCAAAGAAUCGACGACAUUGCAACAGGAUCAUUAUUAUCGUUAGUGUUUUGUUUUCGCGAGCAGCUGAUUACUAUGACGUUAUUUGUACUGUGAAAAUCAGCAGUUUUUAGAAUCAGGUGUUCUCACAGCCAAUCUCCAUAAUCAUAUGAAAUCAUUCUUCGAAUCAACUCUCCGGGCAACGUUCUCAACCAGCUGCAAAAUAAUAAUUGAAUUUUGUAAUAGUAUUAAUAAUAAGAACAGUAAGAGGAGUAAUAUUGAACAAUAGAAAAAGUGACAUCCUAUCGCUAAUUCCAUAGUUUAAAACGUACAAAAAACGAGGAAGAGGAAUUCAAAUUUGUUUUUUAAUCCCCAGUCCAACAACUGGAUGAGGUCAUAUGAGGAUUGACGACCAAGAUUUUUUUUUUAUGCCAUGCCUAACUGAGACCUUGGAGAGAUAUUCAUCAAAGAAUGGUCGUUCCAACAAGAGAAUACUCCAGAAUUGAAUGUGGUAACCUGUCUGAAAGCUUGGAUUCAUUUAUUCCUUUGUUUUUUUGACUGCCAUUAUCUCCAGCUGAUCAUUGGCGUCAUUCUUCAAUUCUACCAACAAAUACUGUCAAUAAGAAAUAUAGCUGUGAAUUAUUUCAGUCAAUACAAGUUGCGACAAGUUGAAAGAAGAAAGGAAGAAAGAAAGACUACAAGAAUAUUGUUGUACUUUGCUGGGAUAUGAGAAACCGGUAAGACAAAGUAGUUUAUAAAUAUUGCUACUGAGCGAAUGCAGCAAAAAGAGAUAGCUGUAGAAGUAAUUUGUAACUACGAGCAUCGUAAACAAGAAGAGGAACAACUGAGAGUGAAAUCAGUGGUUUGUGAGUUGUUUGGUGAGUGAAAAUUGAGGUUAUCGUGAAUAUUGAUAUCCGCUGAUAAUAUUCUAUCCAUACAAAAUAAUACAGCGCUUGUGUUCAAAAUCUUUACCUAAUCAUCGAUGAAUAACAGGACAUCGGGGGCCGACCUCGCGGUAGGUGAAGAGCGUGGGGUUCGGCCCCGGUCCAGCUGACUAGGAGCCCCCAAAUAGUGAUUGAACUACAUGCAAGGCGGAAGUGUUUUUAUAGACCACAAUCUCAUAGUCAGCUUAUUGCACAGAUAUCUCAUCAACCGAUUAUUGGUAUACCUACUCAAUAUCGGAUGACGCCGGUUUUGUCCCACUGCUCGCCAACAGAACGAUCUAUUUUUCCUUGUUGCUGUACAAUUUCAUCUCCAAUUAGUUCCUCGUCAAAAAAGAAGAAGACGAAAUCCCAACUAGCUGUUCCUGAUUCUAAUUAGUCGAAGAAAUCUAAUUAUUUUAUCAUAAUAACAAUCGAUUGGAAGUUUUAUAAUCACACGUUAAACUAAAUCGCUAAAAUGUUGUAUAUAUUUCACGUCGACACUGGGACUACCAUCACCUUUGACAUGAAGUUGGCGCUCGAGAGUGUCUCGCAGUUGAGAGAAGCUAUAGAAAGAGAAUGCGGCGUAGCAGCCAGUCAGCAGGUGCUGUUGGUGAGCGGCGGAGAAAGUCUUGAGCCCAACGCAAGGGUCUGCACAUAUUCUGCUGGGACGGAUACAAACCCAAUUUAUUUAUUCAGCAAAGCUUCAAUCGAGAGUCACCAACCACCCACACCCAGCAUAGACUACGGCUCAGAUGUGGAUCUCCAAACGCAGAUCGAAGGUUCUUUGGCUAUGCCUGCGACUUAUCAAACUGUCGUAAAUAGAGCACAACUCGGUCAUCAAUGCUGCGUUUUGGCACGUGAACAAACAAGAAUAUGUGAAAGACUCGUGCACGACCAACAUCUUCAACAACAGGGUUGGGCUGCUGUCGUAGCCAACCUAGAAGAUAUUACUCAAAUGUUUCAAUCCAGAGCGGACAUUCUCCAGCAAAGUUUCAACCACUAUUUAGCGGAAAGGCAGCAGCACAUUAAUCUCCUCAACAAUUUUAACGAGGAUUUGGGAAUGCUGUCGAAAAUUCCCAUCCUUCCUGCUCUCAGGGCUCACGCAGAAGGACUUUUAAGUCCUGACGAUCAAGAGACAGUCACGGAUCUUCAGCGUUCUGGUAACGAAGAAGCGUUGAGUCUGCUGAAGUGGAUAUCGGCAAAGGACAAUCAAAGUAGCCUCGAACAAGUUGCUGAGCAGUGUUCGAGGGGCUUGGAACAGUUUGACGAACGAGUGAUGGAAUCGCUCAAGGCAGAAGUAAAUAGUGCUGUCGAAGCGGCGAAUAAACAGGAUAUGAAAGAGAUAAAGGGUCUGGGUGAGCGACUUUUCGGUCUCGAACAGCUGAUGUUCGAGGCUAAAAAGUUGGUGCAGGAACAGGCUGAUUUAGCGCAGGCCCUUCUACAAAAUCAGAAUAGAGCGACCAACCUUGGAGAUGCAAGCAUAUUGCCUGAUUUAUGCGCGUCGCAUAGGAGGCAGCUGUUGGUUAUGCUCCAGAAUCAUAAUCACCUCCGUGAUAUAAGAAGAAGAUGUACAAAGGCUAAGGAAGAGCUCUCAGUUAAUCUUUACCACCGUUUAAAGUGGAUUAUGUACGUCGAGAAUAAGAUGAUGGAGGUCGAUGGAAAGCUAGUCAUGUAUAACGAAAGCCUUAAAAGGCUCAGACGACACCUGGAAGUUUUACAACAAAUUCAUUUGGCUCCUGAAAUGUAUAUGAGUGCCGUUGCGGAGGUCGUGAGACGCAGGACUUUUUCGCAAGCUUUCUUGCUUUGGGCAAGCAACCUCGCCUGUCAACUUCUCACCGUACAUAGCGAAGAACUUGCUCGGAGAACUGACUUCCAGAGCAAAUUCGACGGACACUUUCUCAACACUCUUUUCCCUGGACUGGAAGAUACCCCUCCCUCAUUUGCUACUCAAGCUCCGUCCAUAUUCGACAGCGCUUUACCCAAGCUAACUUCGGACGACAUGCAAUCUCUCAGAGAAACACUCCCCGAUCUUGCCCUGGCUGUUUCUACGCCGGAUUUAAACAGCAUCACACAAUUUUUUCUAUCUAAAAGUCUGACGGAGGGCAGCACUACGGAAGGUUUCAAGGAUAAAGAGGUUGGCCAGCAGUCGGAGGAUCCUAGUACCAAAAUGUCUGGACAAAGAAGAGCCCCGUUGCUGAGUGACAGGGGAGGUUUUGAGUCUGAAACAGACACGGAAGAGUUUGAAAAAAUAGGUCAAGGUGCACAGGACCUGAAACAAGGGAGUUCUUACGACGGUGAGAGGGAACGAGAAUCACAGAAGGAAUUAUCAGAGGAAAAUCUUGGAAACACGCGAGAAGAGGUAGAGAGACUUCGUUCGGUUCUCCGUUGUAUGAAAUCAGUCGCUGGAGAUGCGCUUCUAGCUUUCCGGCAAGAAUUGGCGUCGUUAAAAGAACAGACCGUGAAUGACCAGGGCUCGUUCAAUCAACUGACGGACAACGUGAGAAAGGCACUCGAAAUGCAUUCCAGAGAAUGUGAAAAAACGUUCCGCGAAAGAGCACAAGAGUUGACCGUAGAUCACGAACUUGAACUGGGUGAUCUGAAGAAGCUCAUGCAGGGACGGGAUGAGGAAAUAAAGGCUCUUAAAGAAUCACUCGCCGACAAACUUGACGCUCAAUCAGACGUUGAGGAAGUUCUCGCUGCUUUGAGGCUUAAAAUCGACAACGAUCAGAGAGAAUUGGCAACCUUUCGAUCGAAAAUUAUUCUGAUGGACGAGGCUCUCCAGAGAGCUCACCUCGAGAAGGAAAUCGCUGUGAAGGAAACUCAGGAAGCUGGUAUUGCAGAGGUUUCAAAUUUGAAGGCCGUUAUCAAAGAACAGGAAGAGCAGCUCAGGAAACUGGAGGAAAGUCUGAUCGUUUGCAAAGGUGAACAAGAGGAGGCCAUCAAAGCGGCGACUGACAAAUUUCAGAAAGAGUAUAAAACCGAAUUGGAUAACAUAAGGAGCAGGUUCAAACUCAUGGCAGCUUCUACAAUGGAAAGAAGCCCCAGCGAUUUGAGUCUUGAGAAAAUUGAGCGUCCAGACAUGAUAGGACUCGGAAAUCACGAGACCAUCAUCGCGCAGAUGAAGGAGGAUAUGGAAACUGAGAAGGCGGCCGCAAUUCGUGUUGCCAUAGAGAAGGAGAGGAGCGAUUGCGCGGCGAAAUUGGAUCACGAACUGCGACUCGCCCGGCAGAGAAAUGACGCCGAGAGACAAGUCUGGUUCAACGAGGCUAUGCGCCGAGUGAUCGAAGAAAAGGAGAGGCAGGUAGAAACUCACAGAUCCAGGGAAACCAUCCUGGCGGAGGAAUGCGAGCGGCUGAAGGACACCAUAAGGAGACUUACGGAGUCGGAGAGCAACAUUCGACAGACCCUCAGUGAGACGGUUGAAAGUCUCGAGGCGGACAAAGUGCGACUAGAGGCCAACAUCGAGGCAAAUCGAACCAUGCUCAGCGAACGCGAGAGUCGUUUAGAAACCUUGAUCGCGGAGCGCGACAAGCUCAGGUCGGAAUUGAACGACGAAAGACUGAAGAUAAACAGUAGCGGUGGAGAGUUCGAGGAAACGCUGCACCUUUUGAAGGCAAAGAACGAGAGGCUUGAAAAUCUUAAAGUAGGGACGGACUCGCGACUGCAGAAACUCGAGGCAGAAAAAGACAAGCUCAAAGCGGAGCUUGAAAUUCACCGGAAAAACGACGAAAUCGAAGUUUCCGAGUCCAAAAAAGUGCGCCUGGAAUCUGGACCGGAACUCGAUGACCUACUUCGCAGACUGGAAGCACGUGAUGUGGAGAAUAAGCGUUUAAUCACCGAACUCCGACUUUUGACAGAGAGCAAGGACCUUGUUCAAACAAAACUUGAAACCGUAGAAUCCGAAAAGGUCAACCUGGAGGUCGAGCUUGUAAAAGAAAGGUACAGAUCUGUAGUCAGCGGCGCGGAAGCUCUCAUCGCUUCCACCUCUGCAGGACCCUCCGGUGCCGAAGGUUGUGACAAAGAAAUGUGUGCCUCUGUUGCCAUAGUGUCCGAUAGUUCUAGUUGUGACGUUGCGACUAGUCCAGAACCCAUUCGCCAUCAACCCUCCGCCCACUUGAGAGAAAAGUUGACUCGAAGUACAGCAAGUCUAAUUCAACAAGAUAGAAUAAGCAUAUCGAGCUGUAAUCCUGGAGACGUCGUAUUAGUCCUGUGGGAUAGCGAGCACAGGAAUUAUAUCAUCCUGCAGGAAUCUCCCAUGCUUUAUUUUCUUCAUUCUGAUUGCGUCAACACGUUAGAUUUGAGAGUUGAGCCCGAUGGUUCCAGGAGGUUGUACGUCAUCGCAGAAGUCAUCCGCAAGGAGUAUUGCCACGCUAAAAAACCACAGAAUCGAUACAAGGUACCGCAAGGCACUAAAUUUUAUCAAGUAAAGGUGCGUCCUCAGCAAAAAGAGGAACAUUUGAGUAAACCGGUGAGUUCCAGUGUUCAGGAAACAGCGGGCACUACUGCUUCGACUGAUUUGAUAGCGAAAAAAAAGCAAGAACAAGAACGGGAACAGGAACAGGAACAAACUACACACUGACAAAUCGCGAGUAGUCGGGGAACUCCUCCUUCGUCUUAUUCUGAUUCUUCCGCUUCUGCGUCAACUUCGUGUUCUUCUCCAUUGUCAACGUCCUCGUCUACUUCUGGCUCUAAUUCUUCAUCUUUUCUGAUUAGCUUCCAGCAGAAGAGUAACGGUAUCCAGAUAUCAAGACUCGUUGAAUCCCUAGAUUUUUGCUUGGUGCGUGUUUUCUGCUCUAAUUAUCGCCUCAACAGACAACGACGUGCGAGUUUUGGGUAAUCGAUUAGUUUGAAAAUUAAAUUCUGAGUUGAAAAAAUUGGGUUAAUCAAUGGCAACGUUUACAUUAUAAGACGAUAGCUGAAAAUGACAUUCUAGCCAGCAUACAUUGACGGUGGCACCUCAACAAUUGAUAGAAAUUUUUGAAUGAUUAGUGAUUAAAUUAGAGAUAAUAACGAAGCAAAUGAUGUUACACAUAAUCUGCCAAAGCCUUCAACUACUACAUUGUACGAUUACGAUUAUCGUUAUGACAUAAUAUAGAUAUACCAUGAUAAUAUAAUGAGAUACCUACACUUACGAUAUACAUAUGUAAUAUGCGUACGUUUCGUGAUACUAUAUUGUUAUAAUUACACGUUAGAUAAAAAGAAACACGAUAGAUUUUAGUUAUAAAAGUAAUUUUCAGGUAUAAAAAUCGGAUUAACGGAUGGAUGUGAUGGAAUAAAAAAAAUCAACGAUCGAUUGUUGUUAGUUUAAAAUAAAAAAUAUUUGGGUAAAGAGGGGUGAAAGUAUAAAAAAAUAAAUAAAUAAUGCCAGCAGGGACCCACGAGCGAAUGAAAAAUUAUUCACGAUAAUGAUUCUCUUUAUAAUAUGCUGGCGUUUUAUUGUGAUAAACGAGUAGACAUAGUUUAUAACAAUAGUAAUUAUUAUUAUUAUAAAUUCAAAUAUAAAAGUGUUAGUGAAAAAGAAGAGACACAACAAACGAAUAAAAUAAAACAGAAUAGAAAUUUU